AUUCGUUGCUAUGUGCCGCUUUGGACCGAGGGUUGGAGGCACAGCACGAAGCUCCACAUCCAGUGUCCGUGCGUCUUCGUCCUGCACGGAGCAGGUCUCUGCUGUAGAAAGACCGCCUUCUCCAGAAUAUGCCUCGUCUCCAUGGUAACCAGCCUCAAGCAAACCCAAAAAAACAUUGGGCCAAAUUUAUCCACUCUUGUCCAACCUACCUGAUCCUGGACCAUACUGAAGAGGAUUUAAACAAAAAUUCACCUAAGUAAAAAUUCUUAAAAUAUUAGUGAUGUUACCUAAUCCUUGUAGUUAUUAUAACACUUUCACAGGACCCAGAAUGCCUAAAAUAGUGCCUGGAAAUUUAAAUUGAUGUCAUUUUCAAAGGUUUUACUUUCUACUCUUUUGGGAUCCCAAUCCAGAGGACUCUCUAAAUUUGUCCCCUAAAACCAAGAGGAAAGUGUUAUUCAGAAGUUUGCUUUCCUUUAUCGUUAUGUCGGGGAUGUAUUCAUUCUUAGUUAAGGGAUCUUAAACUCAGGGGCACCAGUCCCAAACUGGUCUAAAAGGAGUCCUAAACCAGGACCAGAAUGCACCAGCUGUUCAGCCAGGUGCUGGGGCAGAGGGAUCUGUCCAGAGCGGGGGAUCUGUUUUCUCUGGACGACUCAGAGAUCGAAGACUGUCUGUCUCAGGCUCUGGACCAGAUCAAGGCCAUCUCCUGCUCACAGGACUAUUUGACCAAUGACAAUGACCAGGCUGUGGUGGAGAUUUGCAUAACGCGCAUCACCACGGCCAUAAGGGAGACGGGCUCCAUCGAGCAGCACAGCAAAGCCCUGGUGGGGCUGUGGGAGUCGUGUCUGGAACAUAACCUCACCCCUCAAGGUGAAAACACAGAGGACACGCCGCAUGCCAAGAUAGCCUCUGACAUCACCAGCUGUAUCCUGCAGAACUACAGUUGUCCGUCGGUCAUGGUGCUUGCUGUCCCGGUCGCGGUGCGGUUCCUGCAGAGGGGAAACAGGGAGCUGAGCAGGAACAUGUCCAGUUAUCUCUCCCUGGCUGCUAUAGCCAAGGCUGACCUGCUGGCUGAACACACAGAGGCCAUAACAGUCAGUGUGCUGGGAGGUAACCACAUGCUGUUAAGAGUGUUGCCCUCGGUCUACCCCAGACAACCAGAUACAAUCCACUGUCACAUAGGCAGCCUCACUGCCAUGAUGUCACAGCUGGAGUCCCCAGAGCAACUACACCUGAUCAGACUCAUCCAAAUGGUUGCAGAGCAACAUCCACUUAUGUUGAGCCCUCAGGUGCCUGCACUAGUCAGUUACCUAGAAGACCAAUCCCUAACUGAGGCCAUACUGGGCGCGCUCAUGGACGUGUCACAGGCCAGCCCUUCCUCACUGGUCAGCUUUCUGCCGGUGCUGAGGAUCAUGGGACAACAAUGCCCUGCUUUCCUGGGUCACGUGGCCAAAAUCCAUGGUGCCGUGGGUAUCAUCAAUGAGACUCAUGCUCACAGCUCGUUGGUCUACCUGGUGUCUCUUCUGGGCAGCAUGGAGCACAGCUUUCACCACACACUGCUGCUGGAGAUCAGAGCUCUGACCGACCGUUACCCGUCCUUACUGGGAGGCUGCGGUAAAGACAUAUACAGAAUGAGCAACUCCUUCGCUGCUAUAGCCAGACUGCUGGGGAGAAGACUGGAGGAGAACAUGGCCACACACUGCAGAGUGGACGAGACGUGCCCUCCGUCUCCCUGUGCAUCUCUUCCUGGUGAAGUAGGAGGUGGAGGAGGGGGGUCAGAGCAGCGGCUGCAGGUGAAGAUCCAGGCCUUCGAGGAGAAAAUGGGGGAGGAGGGGGGAGAGGAGGAGGUGGAGGAAGACUCUCCUGCCCCCCAGCGUCGCUACAGCCUGAGCCAAGCUGUCAGGGAGGAGAGGCGAGAGAUGAGAUUCAACAGGUCAAAGAGCCUGGCCCUCCACGCUGUGCGCUCGCGCUCCAUCAACUCAGACACCGGGGAGGACGGUGAGGGGUUGGAGCAAAGCCCAGACAACAUCUUCUCCAACACACUGAUGAAUUCGCACUCAGUAAACCAGGAAGCACCGCCUGCUGACAGAAAAGUGACGGGUGACGGCUCGAUGCCCGUCGCUGCUUCCCUGGACAGAGGGGUCAAAGAGGCUGAGAAAGGUCAACGCAGAGAGAAGGAUGGAGAGGAGCAGGAUGGCGAAGCUGACAGACUCUUCAUCCAUUUAAGAGACAAUAUGGAGAUGAUCAGAGAGUUCUGUAAAGACAUGGCGCAGCAGAUCCCCACACCAGAGCAGUGUGUGAUCGAAGAUUCAAAUCGAGGAUGUGUGGCCAAGCUUUCGUUCUCCUGUCCUCUUAAGGGCCACUACUGUCUGUACGCCAAGUCCUGUUUCAACCUGACCAGCCGACAGCCUCAUCUUUGGAUACACAUCAUGCUGCUACAUCUACAGAGUAAGUCCAGUGUUCCUCUCUGCUCCAGGGACGAGUGUGUCCAAAGACUUGCUUCUCUUUGGGAGAAGACGCAGCUAAAAGGAGCUCACAGUUUCCCCAUGGCUAUGACACAGCACACCACCCCACACAGGAAGGACCUGGACAGUCUCCAGAUUCAGCUAGAGGAGGUGCGUUUCUUUGACCUGUUUGGCUACAGUGAGGAAGAGGGAGGUUGGCUCUGCUUCAUGUGUAAUAACCCCGAGAAGGCCACAGUUGUGAACCAGGAGGGACAGCCUCUGAUUGAGGGGAAGCUGAAGGAGAAGCAGGUCCGCUGGAAGUUCAUCAAGCGCUGGAAAACCCGUUACUUCACCUUGGCGGGAAACCAGCUUCUCUUCCGGAGAGGCAAAUCAAAAGACGAGCUGGAUGACAUCCCUAUUGAGCUGAGCAAAGUGCAAAGUGUCAAGGUGGUAGCCAGGAAGCGGCGGGAUCGGGGCCUGCCGCGGGCCUUUGAGAUCUUCACAGACAGUAAGACGUAUGUGCUGAAAGCUCAGGAUGAGAAACAUGCGGAGGAGUGGCUGCAGUGCAUCAACGUGGCCGUGGCUCAGGCCAAAGAGAGGGAGAACAGAGAGGCUACCACCUACCUGAAGGAAGAAGAAGAGGAGCUAAUGGACAGCAGAUGAGAAGGACAUUCAAGACUGGAAUAAUGUGUGUGUGUGUGUGUGUGUGUGUGUGUGUGUGUGUGUAUGUGUGUGUAUGUGUGUGUGAGAGAGAGAGUAUGAUGUAGUCUUAAAGGAAUAGUUCAACAUUUUGGGAUAUAUUUGCUUUCUUUCCAAGAUUUAGAGAACAUUGAAUAUCACUCACUUCUGUACUCUAAACAAGAAGCUACAGUCACAAAACGGAAGGUUAGCUUAGCUUAGCAUAAAGACAGGAGACAGAGGGAUACAGCUAGCCUGGUUCUGUCCAAAGGUAACAAAAUAAUAAUAAUAUUAA